AUGCUCCCUCUAGAUGAGUUGGGUUGGCUCCCCGGCAGCGACGUUGGCAGUGUUCAGGACAGGCAAACAGCUCUUUAUCUUGCCGCUCUGAUUACGCAACCUCCUUCUCAGACGUUUCUCCUAGCUGAAUUCACCAGUAGUGCGGGCAACACAUACAGAAUUGGAUAUUGUCUCCGCAGGGUCCUGAAUGCAUCCAGUGAGUCAGCGUCGUUCACUCUCUUCCUGGUGCGUAAUCCAAUAUUGAUCAACACUCGUCGAAUUGCCGAAUAUGAAGCCGAGAAGAACUGGGCGGUGGUUGGAAUCGAAUGCGACGUCCCAGACAGCUCUAGAUUUUCGGAUAUCUGA